AUGACAGACCGCAAAUUUGGCCCUGAUGUCGAGAGCGGAAAGGAGGAACUCGGCGCGAGUGUCGUCCAGUAUGAGUCCUCGGGCUCGCCCAUCAGCGACGCCGAGAAGGCGCUGCGAUGGAAGCAGGACAAGCGCAUCGUGCCGCUCUCGGCAGGCAUCUAUUUCUUAUGCUACCUGGACCGGUCGAACAUUGGGAACGCCAAGAUCAUGAACUCAUCGACGGGCAACGAUCUCAUGACGGAGACGGGCAUGUCCAACUUCGAGUACACGAUCGCGCUCAUGAUCUUCCUCGUCGCGUACGGGCUGUUCGAGGUGCCGUCGAACAUCCUGCUCAAGAAGCUGCGGCCGUCGCGCUGGAUCGCCUUCCUCAUGUUCUCGUGGGGCGCGCUGACGAUCGGGCUCGGCGGCGUCCACAGCUACGCGUCCGUCACCGUCGUGCGCUUCCUGCUCGGCGUCUUCGAGGCCGGCCUGUUCCCGGGCCUCGUCUACUACCUCACGUUCUGGUACAAGGCCGAGGAGCGCAGCAUCCGCGUCGCCUUCAUCCUCGCGUCGGCGACGCUCGCCGGCGCCUUCGGCGGGGCCAUCGCCUACGGCAUCGGGCACAUGAACGGCGCCGGCGGCCUGUCCGCCUGGCGCUGGCUCUUCAUCAUCGAGGGCGUGCCCUCCUGCAUCUCCGCCUUCUUCGUCUGGUUCCUGCUGCCCGAUUACCCCGAGAGCGCCCGGUGGCUGACCACCCAGGAGCGCGACCUCGCCGUCGACCGCCUCCGCCUCGAGGGCAGCAAGGGCCACCACAAGGCGAUGACCCGCGCCGAAGCCGUCCAGACCCUCACCGACUGGCGCCUCUGGGGCCACUACGUCGUGUAUUUCGGCAUCUCGACCCCCUUCAGCUCCUUAUCCCUCUUUACCCCCUCCAUCACCGCCGGCCUCGGCUACCACGACCUCCAGGCGCAGCUCAUGACCGUGCCGCCGUACGCUGUCGCCUACGUCGUGCAGAUCCUGACGUCCUGGUCGGCGGACCACUUCAACGCGCGGGGGCUGCACUCGGCGGCGCUGGCGACGGUGGGGGCGGUGGGGUUCCUGGCGUCGGCGGCGCUGCCGGCGGAGGCGUACGGGCCGCGGUACGGGUGCCUGAUAGUGGCGGCGUCGGGGGCGUUCGCGUGCAUCCCGCCGCUGCUGGGGUGGCUGUCGUCCAACAUCUUCAGCACGGCGUCGGUCGGGCUCGCCAUCGCGCUCAACAUCGGGCUCGGCGGCGCCCCCGGCCAGAUCGUCGGCGUCUGGAUCUACAGGGCCGACGAGGCCAAGGCCGGCUACCCCACCGGCCACUGGACCAACGCCGCCCUCCUCCUCAUGGUCGCCGCCGGCUGCCUCCUGCUCCGCGUCUACUACGCCCGCCGCAACCGGCGCAUGCUCACCGAGAGCGGCGCCGGCGCCGGCGCCGAGGUCCGCCUGUUCAAGUAUUGA